AAGACAUUAAUUUAAACCUCAGGAAAUUCUAAUCAUUGUCUUCCUGACCAAGAUAAAUUUAAGAGAUAGUUUACCCAAAAAUGAAAAUCCUGUCGUCAUUUACUCAUCCUCAUGUUGUUUUAUACCUGAAUGAGUUUCAUUAUUCUGUUGAACACAAAAGAAGAUAUUUUGAUUGAUAAUGGUAAGCACACAGUUGACUGUACCCAUUGAGUUUUUACAAGGAAAAUAUAUUAUUAUGUAAUAUAUAGUAUGAAAGUCAAUGGGAACGGUCAACUGUAUGCUUAACAUAAUUUAUUAACAUCUUUUUUUUUAUUCAACAUGAUAUAGAAACGUGUACAGGUUUAGAACAACAUGAGAGUGAGUAAAGUAAAUGAUGACAGAAUUUUCAUUUUUGGGUGAACUAUUCCUUUAAUGUUUGAUGCCCUGUUUAAAAUGACUGUAGCAGUUGACCACACAGCCUUGUGUAACUCUUCAAAAUGGGUGAGUUAAAAGUGAAGGUAAGUAAUAUUUGGAGGUGGACAGUAUGGACUUUUGUUCUCUCUGUGACAUUGCUUGUUUUAUGUAAUCAUGAACUUGCAGAGCCUGUUUUCAUUUGAUAUGUUUUGGUUUCACUGAUGAUCAUCAAUUCAUGUAAAUGUUAUUUUGGAUUGUGCUGGCUUAUCAUUGUGUUCUAAUGUGUAUUUAUUUUACUCAUCUUUACAUUCACACACACAAUGUUAAGUCAACUCUAAAAUCAACAUUUUAAAGAGGAAUUGUUUUAAGAUAUCGUUAAGAGGAGAGAUUUCAUAACUAAUCAUAAAAUAUUUUCUUAUUAAGUUAGUAUUGAAAUAUUAGAAAUUAAUGCAGUUCAGGGAGCUUUGUUAAACUUGAAAAGAUAAGAUUAAAUAAAGUAGUUUAUAAACACUAUUAUAAGAUGUUCUAACUAGACAGUAGUAUGGAAUGAUAACCUUUGUAAGUAAAUAUAUGAUUCAAUGAAUGUUCAGUCAACUGUUAAAAAGCACAUGCAGUAUUUAAUCCCUCAGUGAUUACCGGUCAGUUAACAUUCAUGACCCUUUCAAGAGCAAAAAGUGAAACCAAAAGAAGAGACAAAAUCAGGUAAUGAUCAGCACUGCAAAAAAUGAGCCUUAUGACAUAAUGGAGCCAUGAAAAGUAUAUCUGAUCUAGACAGGAGUGUAAGAUACUAGUCAUUCUCAGGGAACUGCAAGUUUUAUGGAAAGCGUGUACAUAAGAUACAAAAGGAUACCAGGAUACUAAACUUGUGCACAUUAUUUUAUAGAUUUGUCUAUUACAUAAAACUUUUUUCGUUGCGAGGUAAUUUGCAUGUACUUAUCCUUAAAUUUUAUAGAUUAUAAAAUCUACUAAAAAGGUUUUUAUCAAAAUGAAACCUUUAACGUUAUAUUUUAAAGUAAGAUAUGUUUUUUCUUAAGUUGUCUUUACACUUUCCAACACACAUUACAUUGUAAAAUUAUGUAAAAGCUUUUACUCUACUAUAAUUUUACUUUGCAAAUUAUUAGAAAUUUUACACUAAAACAAGUCUUUAAUUGGAAAAAAUCUAUUUCUAAACUGUUUAGCUCCAGUGGCAGCGGUUCAGAUAAUGCCCUAUAAAAACUUAGUCUCUCAGAGCUGAUUAUGAGCAACAAGAGGCGAGCAUAACAUAAAAUUCUCCUGCAGUACACUUCCUUGUUCAGUUUAGAGCUACAUUACAUAACGAAGAUUUGACAAUAAAUUGUCAGUAAUAUAGAUGUUUUAUUGUCUUAGUUGUAAUUUAGUGGUUGUUAAAUUGAGGAAAAGCUGUCAGUCUUUGCGCUAUUGAAUAUGAAUGAAAUGUGAAAUAGUGUACGAACUGCUUAUUUCGGCAUCGUUUGCUAAUGCUUACAGUAGUUUCAUUUUUGUGUUAUAUAUCUGUUGGUAAUUUCUUCAAGUGAAUAAAGGCAACAUGAUGGUUAUUUAAUCAGUGUUUUGUGGUGUGGAUUUAUUAACCUGAUUAAACCGCAAUUCAUUUAUAUCUAAUAUCAAUAUACCCAAAUAAGUACUGCCCAAUAGACACGGAAAAGAUCAAACCGAUCGUUUACCACACGACUAUGCAAGAAAUAUAUGUGUUCGACUAUUCAGCUACGCAGACCGAUGGGCGUAUGACGUUAAGGUACCGCGAGAGCAAUCCGAAAGCAGUGCUAUCGCGGUACUUUAAUGCCAUACGUUGCUUGGUCUGCGCAGCGCCGCAUGAAUGACGUUGAACACAUCCAAGGCAUAGAUCCAAGGUCCCCAGCGCGCACUCGAGCAACACGUGGAGGAAUCGUGAACAAAUCGCUUUUUUUUGUGAUUUGAACUUAAUACUUUUGUCUGCCUAAUCAAGGGAUAAUUUAUAUGUAUGUAAGUAUAGUGUAAACGUUUUUUCAUAGUACAAUGGAAUCUAAACUAAUACGCUAAAAAUGUUAGUAAACCGCUCCUGCUUUUAAUAUAGCUUGGGCUACGUUAAGAGAAGGUGAUAUGUUUACUAAGAAAAUGUUUUUAAAAAGGCUCUUUAUUUACACUGUUUUUCAGGAUUGAAAAGUUUAUAAAAAAUAAAAUGAUGCCCUGUGAAAUACCGUCAGUAACGUUGACGUCAGGAGUGCAGAUGCCACUCUUGGGUCUGGGCACGUAUAGGAUCCAGAGCUAUGAGCAGUUAUACCAGUGUGUCGACUCUGCUCUUGAAGCAGGAUAUCGUUGCUUUGACACAGCUGCAGUGUAUGGAAACGAAGCACAUCUAGGGCAAGUCAUCAGAGAGCUCUUGCCCAAGUAUGGCCUUAGCCGUAAAGAUGUGUUCAUCAUUAGCAAGCUUGCCCCUUUGGACCACGGGCCCAGGGCAAAACAAGGUUGCCUUAAGAGUCUGGAGCAACUGGGCUGUGAAUAUAUUGACCUCUAUCUGAUACACUGGCCUGGGAUAGAGGGUUUUGAACCAGGGGAUCCUUGUCAUGCAGAGUUUCGGGCACAGAGCUGGACAACCCUAGAGGAAUUUUACACCAGUGGGAAAUUCAAGGCAAUAGGAGUCUCUAACUACACUACAAAACACCUCAGCGAACUGCUCGUGAUGUGCCAUGUGCCCCCAGCCGUCCUACAACUGGAGUGUCAACCGAAGCUGAUCCAGAGGGAAUUGAGGGAUUUAUGUAAAGAGAAAGGCAUUCACUUUCAAGCCUAUUCCUCUCUUGGUAAAGGAGCUCUUCUGGGUGAGCCAGGGGUGGUGGCUAUAGCAAAGAGCUGUGGUCGGACACCUUCACAGGUUUUGCUGAGGUGGGCUGUACAGCAAGGCAUUUCGGUUCUUCCUCGUUCCUCACAACCCUGCAGAGUAAAGGAGAAUGCAGAGGUUUUCAGUUUUAAGCUAAGUGAGAAUGAUAUAAAGAUGCUCGAUGCCAUGAAUUGUGGAGCAAGAUUUUGUAAAAGAGACUAUAGCAAUAUAGCUUGACAUGUUGUGUACGUUCUUAAAUUGAUCCUGGUCCAAAUAUAUGAUGCAUGUAAAAAAAAUUCAAGAUCUGAAUAAAGAUGGUUAUAGAUAAAGCUUUGCAAACAGUGUGUUUAAAAAAAAAACACAUUAAAACUAGCUUAAGCCAGAAAAGUAUUUAUUUGACCAGAAAUUCUAAAAAAAAAAAGGUAAAAAGUUGAUCAGUUUAAAAAGUAUUUAAACAGUUAAUUAACUAUAAACUAUAUUAAAUAAGAAUAUGUACAAGAUGCUUAAAAAACAUUAGGUAUCAGAUUCAUAAAAACAGAAUUUGUUUUGUCCAACUGCACUUCAUUUAUUAUAAACUGGUCUGAAUGGUUUUACAAACAAGGCCAUUCAGACAGACUGCACAUGGCCUGCAAUCUGAGUUUAAAGGAAUACAAAUGUACCAGACUAUCAACAACUUUACCAUCAAGAAAUAUGUACAAAAAAAAGGCAGUGAUAAAUUACAAAGUUAUGAAAGAAUCAGAUAUCAAUUUCUUUUCCCGCCGGAAAUCCAAGCAUAAAAACAUGAAGAUCUUAUGUCAGAAAAAACGAUUUCAUCCACUCUUACUUUGACUAUUCACCACAACAGUUUGGCAUCAAAAACAAAUAAACCUGAGAUGUAGCAAAUAUUAACAAAUUAACUGAAAAAUUAAAACGUACCCGUAUUAUUGUUACCAUUACUAACCUGUCCU